AUGAACGGUAAUCAAAAUUUUCAUCGCUUUGUAGAACUAAUUGAAAAAUUGUUAUUGGAUGAUCGGGUGCAAUAUAUUUGUUACUAUAUCAGUGAAUUGCAUAGUAUUGAUUUCAUCGAUAAUGCGCUAGUAUCUGAAUUGAUUAACUCGGUUGAUUCUGUAAAAUCAUUAAAGUACAAUCGCAACAAUGAGAUCAUGUGUUUUGCAUUAGAUUCACUCGCCAUUUAUACUAAAGAAGUCUGUAAUGUGAUAGAAUUAAACAAUUCUAUUGACAAAUCAAUAGAAGCAUUGAGUAAUUUAUUAGCCAACAAAUCUACCUAUAAUUUGAAUGAUGAUAUACUUUCUACACUGAAGAAUUUAUACUUACUCACACUAUCUGUUGCUUACCUAAACAUAUUCAUAGUAUCAAAUUGGACUGGACCACAAAUUGGUUAUGUGUUACCCUCAGACCAAGUAAUUAUUGACAGAGAAAGUAAGUGCAAAAAAAAUUCUGAAUCUAACGAUUCAGAAUUGUUCAAUAAAUUUCUCAUUUUUGGAAUACCAAACAAACCGCUACGGCAAUUACUUUCUCAAACACUGGAUACUAGCAUUGCCGAACAACUUGGCAUUGAUGGUGAAAUAGUUUACGAUGGAGUUUUUGGAAUAACUUAUUUUCACCUAUCUAAAUAUCUCCUCAAUCAUGUGACGUCAUCAUUUGACAAUAAUAAAUUAUCAACUCUUUUCAUAUGGAAUGCUAGAAUGGGUUACAUCCACCAAUCAAUCAUCAGAGAUGGACAUCAAAAUUAUUGCAAUUCACUGGCUAAAAUGUCAAUAUUUGACUACAUACAAUCACUUAAACAACUAAGAUUGCUUCAAAACUUUCAGAUUGAUCACUUUAGCACUACUAAUUAUCAAACUAUAUCGCACCAAAUUGAAUUUGAUAACCAAUUUAAAUCAUUACUACUAAUGGAAUUGAUUAAACAUUUGAUUACCUUUGGGUUCAACCACCUAGUAUCACAAGUAAUUGAUGAAGCUACUAAUAUAUUAAACAUUACAGUUGAUUUCACUGGUAAAUUGGGGAUUUGCAGGAAAUAUCAAAAGGUUCCCCAUGCACAGCUGGUCGUUGAUAUUAAAGGUCACUCUAAUUAUCAUAAUUUAUCAACUCAGGUAAUAAAUGGUAAAACGCCUAAUGUAUUACAUUUGUAUGAAUUGGAUCAGGAUAAUGACAUUUUUGAGGUACCUGUAUUUAUUGGAGAUAAUGAUGAGUUAGAUGAUUCAUAUAUAAGAAAUCUUACCAUUGCUGAGGAAUCAAUUUUGCUUUGCAGGUGUUUGCAUCUAUGUUUAAAUAUUACUAGCGAUGAUGAAAUUGGCUUGGAGCAGUUAAACACACUAGCAUCCAAGGUACUAUACAAAACAUCAACAGAUAUUUAUAAUAAUCCCGAUAAUUUAAAUUCAUCGAGCUGCUGGUCCACCACAACUUGUGCUUUGUGGUUCAAAUCUAAAGCGGAGCAUCUUAAAUGUUCCAAAGCCUGUAGAGCUGCAAUGCAAUUGGACGAAUUGGCUACGCAAUUUUACAACACAAAAACUGAAGCUAUGUAUAGAUUAAAACACUUUCAUAAUAUUUACUACCCAAGUAUAUGGGAUAUAAGGAGGGAAGGAGCUAAACGUUUACUUCGCAUUGGUUCACUAAUUUCUGCAUGUGAUUUGUACAACGAAUUGGGGAUGUAUGAAGAUUCCAUUAUUUGCAUGACAGUGGCGGGGAGAAGGCAAGAGGCCAAGAAACUGGUAUUGGAAUUGUUGGAUAAACAAGAACACCCGUAUUUGUGGUGCAGUCUUGGUGAUAUUGAAGUUUCAGCUGAUCAUUAUUUGAAGGCGUGGGUUCUAUCAAAUUAUAAAUAUGCAAGGGCACAACGAUCACUUGGGGCCCUGUAUUAUAUGAAAAAAUCAUAUGGCGACUCAGCACUGGCAUUUAAUACAAGUCUGUCAAUUAAUCCAUUGAACAAAACCAGUUGCUACACAUUGGGUUGUUGUUAUUUACACCUGUGCCAAUUUGACAAGGCUUUGGAGGCGUUUUCCAAAGCCAUAGUAUUGGACCCUGAUAUGGGAGAUGUAUGGGCUAAUAUGGCUUCGGCACACCUUAAAUUACAAAAUUACAAACAAGCAAAAAUAGCACUUGAAGAGGCUAUUAAGAGAAACCGUUCCAGUAGAAAGAUAUGGGAUAUGUAUUUAUCCACUUGUUUGCUAAUUAAAGAUGUUAAUUCCGUAUGUAUUGCGGCGAACAAAUUGUGCGAAUUAGGGCACUAUGAUUCUGUGAAACCAUGGGCCGUUGCCUUUAUCCUUUCCCAAUAUAAUCCAGACAAUAUAGGUUCAACUGCUACAUCCAGAAGUCUCGAUUGCAUUAGAAAGACAUUCGAAAAUAUAAUUAGUGGAUGCAAUGACUCUGAUAUAUGGGAUCUAUGCGCACAAUACUCCAUAAUAAACAAUGACUUCAACACUGCUAUUGAGUAUACAUUUAAGCAAUAUCGUGUUAUUUACAACAAAAUUGUUUCUGCCAAUGAUGAGUUGGUUAAUCUAGCCCUUUCAGCUUUGCUUUGUCUCCAGAGGAUAACUAAAUAUAUUGAUAAAGUUGACAAUUAUAAUGUAAUUGCAAUGAAUACGAAGGAUAACAUAAAUUCACUUGUAAAACACUUGAAAAAUAUGAAUAUUGAAUCGAAUGAAGUCAAUAAUGUAGCUUGUCAAUUGAUCCAACAGUUGAACAAAUAA